UGCGCGCUUUUUAGGACGCCUCCGUGACUUGCCCAACUCGCCAGCAAGGCGGGACCCACCUCUCUCGCUUCAUAAUUUUAAAGGCGAAAGUAAUUUACCAAAGCUAAGAACAGAAUAUGCUUUGCUCUACCCUGCAAAUAUCCCUUCCCUCUCUGCAAAUGAUAUUUUUCUUCCUCUCUUUCUAUAUCUACUGCUAAUUUCUCCUGCUGCUCUUCUCACCUACCGUCGUCAUCUUCUUCUGCCACUUUCUUUAUCUUUCUAUCCAUUCUUUAAACAAAGAAACAACCAUGGAGCUGCUUCAAGAGUUGUUUGUCACCGCUUUUGUUGCUGUUGUUUGCUCUUUUCUUAUCGCUAAGAUUGUUUCUAUUGCUAUGGCUGGUGGCGAUUCUAGCAAUGCUUCGCAGUUGUCCAAGAGUCAAAAUGAUGAUCAGAAAAUUACCGGAGAUGACGGUGAUGAACGUGUCAUGGAGGAUUUGCGGUAUUUUGAAAAGCUGAAGGUUGAGGGGUAUACGAGUGAGAAGAGAGUGGAAUUUGUUCAAGAAGGUGCACAAAAGGUCGAUGGGUUUGUUGGAGGAUCGAUUGAGGCUGCGGAAGUCGAGAAAUCGGUGAACCGCGAUGAAGUAAUUGAAACUGAAUGCCGUGAAUUGGUAACAAUAUCAGUCGAAGAAGGUUUGAAGGAAGAGGAUAAAUCAUCGGAGGAUAUGUUAGGUAAGUGCGAAGGAGAGUUUCAAGUAAACAGACACGUUGGCGUAGAAUUGGCUGAUGGUAAGGGUGCUAUUGACGAGAAACAAAGAGGUGUUGAUGAUAAUUUGCUUAAAGAAAACAUAGAAAUCGAGUCAGUUGGCAUAGAAUCGUCUGUUAAAAAGGAUGCUGUUGAAGAAUCUGAGGAGAUUCGGGUUGUGGGGAGUGAAACGAUAGAAAAAGGUGAAGAGAAGAAAAUAGAGAUUGAUAGUGAUGACGAUGAUUGGGAGGGGAUUGAGAGGAGUGAAUUGGAUCACGUUUUUGCUAAGGCAGUUAACUUGGUAGAGUCUGCAGAUAAAGAUGGAGGCUCGAGAAGUAUAGGGAGCGAUGUUCAAAUGGAACUGUAUGGGCUUCACAAGGUGGCUACUGAGGGGCCUUGCCGCGAGCAGCCGCCUUUGCCUCUUAAAGUCGCUGCUCGGGCCAAGUGGAAUGCUUGGCAAAGGCUGGGAAACAUGAAUCCAGAGGUGGCUAUGGAGCAGUACGUUGCCCUUGUAUCAGAUAAAGUCCCUGGUUGGAUGGAAGGGAAAUCUGCUGAUGAUGACAAGCCAGGAUCUUCUGCAGCAGCAAAUCCUGGUGCUGUGGCUUCAGAUUUAAGUACAACUUCUUCCCAUCAUCAAAAUAUUACAGAAGAAAGGAACCCAGAAGUGAUGCUUGGUAUUGAGAAAAAUGAUUAUAUUGGCCCAAACGUGGAGGAUAAG